AUGUCAUUUCUUAUUGCUUAUAUACAAUAUAUUUACCCAAAAUUAAUUAUUAUAUGGCAUUAUCUCCAUUACAGAGUUUAUUUUCUGCAAAUACUUCUUUUCGCUUCUGAAAAACACCUCUCUACAUACAGAGUUUCUUCUAAAUCUUUUGAUAAAAUUGCAGCAUACUUAUCUUCUCUUAUUAUUGAGUUUGAGUAUUCUAAUUUUAAUAUGAUUUCUAGAAGAAAAAUCAAUGUUCAAGUUAAAGGUAAUGAAGCAAUAUUGGUAUAA